AUGAAUUACCUUGUGAUGGACAGAGCUUCAGAAGCAGCAGCAAAUGAUUUAGCUGAAGUUCGCAAAUUGAUUGAAGGCAUGAAUGCGCUUGUGAAUAGUCAGAUACAACAACAGCAACAACAACAACAACAACAACAGCAACAGGCACAAUUGCAGGCACAACAGCAGCUACAUUUGCAGUAUUCUGAAUACCCUACUCGUGAUCAACAACAGCAGGAGGCUGUACUGAUGGCUGCUACAUUAGCUGCUGUUACCGAAGAUCAACAAUACCUGAGUGUACCUCCCUCUCCAUCCCCAUCACCUCAACAAGCAACAAACACUAAUGUAGAUUCAAGUCAGCAAGAACAAUCAAGCGGCGUGAAUGAGGAGACACCACGAGAGUUACCAAAGGAACAAUCAUCUACUGCGGCAGCAAAACCCGUGAAAACGAAAAGAGUUGGUAAAAAAAUCACCUCACCACCCUCUACACAACCAGAAACGACAGAAACCUCAGCUACCUCGGCUACACCUACUACUGAUACGCCCGCUAACAGCGUACCUUCCCCUCAAGCUGGUGUUAUUGUCGAGGUCACCCAUUUAACAUUUAAUCGUGUAUUGUAUUUUCAAUUAGCCCAGGAUGCCACCAUUGAACCUAUGAUCGCUUGGUUGAGACUCUCUUACCAAGAUGCAGCCAUCACUGGUAUGGUGCUUCAAUACAAAGGAUUUGAUGGAUUAUGGAAAUGCUUGUUGAAUCGAGACGAGUCUCUAAGACGCAUCUUGAAGCAAAGUAUGAAGGGAAAUACUAUGCUUCAAAUGAGAGUGCCUCGUGAACAGGAUUUAUUGAGCUCGGGUUAUACAGAUCGACGUCUUUUAGCUUUAACCAAAACAGAAUGCAUGUAA